UCAAAUGUCUUUGAACUAUUUGAAUAUUAACUCCGGAAAUAGGUCUUGGUCGCAUGCUGCACUUAAUUUGGUUCAACGGUUAAAUAAUUUUCGUUCAGAUCCCUUAAAGGCACAGAGAUGCUUACCGUUUCUUGUGGAUGGUGUACGUGUAGGAACAAUUCCUCCAUUUGUCUUACCACAUUUAUGCAGUCAUCCUGAUGUUUUCACUGUCAUUAAGAAACAAGAUGGGACACAUGAUCACGUGACAUUGGCUACAGAUCUAAAUACAUUUGAAGAAAGGACUGAAAGGGUURAUCAAUUGAUGAAGGGCUUUAGAAAGAAUGAUGUAUUUAUUACUCUGAGAGGUUGGCGUGAUGAGAUGUAUCCAGUAAGUAGCUCAUUCUAUAGCAAACCUUUCUUUAAGAUGGAAAGAGCAGCAACAUGUCUUUURGGAAUUGCUCAAUAUGGAGUGCACUUGAAUGGCUACAUAAAAAGUGAAACAGGGAUAUCUAUGUGGAUUGGAAAGAGGAGUAUGUCAAAGCAAACAUAUCCUGGGAAACUAGACAAUGUUGUAGCAGGGGGAAUCAGUUUUGGAGCUGGCAUAAAAGAAACUUUAAUUAAAGAGUGCUCUGAGGAGGCAUCUAUCCCAGAGGACAUUGCAGCCCAAGCAGUGCCUUGUGGAACUGUAAGCUAUUUAUUUGAAGAUGAAAGGGGACUUUUUCCUGAAUUACAGUUUGUUUAUGACAUCUGUCUUCCACAACAUUUUACACCCGUUCCCAAUGACAAAGAAGUGAGUGAAUUCUACUGCUGGCCAAUCAACAAGGUUAAAGAGAUGUUAGUUUCCGAUGAUUUUAAACCUAAUUGCGCUCUAAUUAUACUGGAUUUCCUGAUUCGACAUGGGAUAAUCGACCCUGACACAGAACCUUUAUACGUGGAUUUUAUACGAGGAUGCCAUCAAUUAGCCGGUGUUUAAUKAGACGUCUUCCUCCCAUCCAUUGAGAUUUGAGUGCUGUUUGAAUCCAUUACGUCAGAGCUAAUUGACAAACUGAACAAUUUACGAAUUGAAGCAGGUGCUGAAGAUUUUUUGUGCUAUGAAUAAUGAUUUUACUAUAUAUAUAAUUGUCAUAUGAAUGCUUCCUGUAAUCUAUCGAUAGUAUGACAUUAAAAUCCGUGACGCCG